CGAGUACCUUGUGGAGUCAAAGCAGAGGCGAGAGGCCCCAGAGCCAGCACAUCGUCGUAGCUGUGAUCCUCACCAAGCUCUUUUCCGGCUGUGAAAUCCCAGGCCACAUUGCACAGGAUUCGAACUGUGUUCUUUGCCUACAGUCCUCAAAAAUGAGCGAGUAGAGAGCGACGUGUACGAAUCUGAUAUCACCCCUUUCAAGGAGACAGAUGGACAAAAGAUGUUCAAAGCAUGAAAGGAGAGAAUUGCCACGGCGUAAGGUUGCAUUAACCCUGGGAGUUACAUGUAUUUUCCUCCUGCUGGCAAGCACAGGCUUAAGAUAUCUGCUUUUGCAAAGGUGUUCUGGAGAAAUUGGGCAAGAUAUGAAAGCACCAGAAGACAAGAAUGCUUCCUUAGCAGAAGUUGAAGAUCACUUAAUUUUACUAACCACUACAGCAUGGAAUGAAGACAAUGACACAUUUCAAGGAAAAUGGUACUGCCAUGGAAAAAGCUGUUACCACUUUUCAAAAGAGGAGAAAACUUGGGAGAGGAGCAUGGUGUCAUGCCAAGAUCUGCAGUCUAGUCUCCUGAAGAUUGAUACUAAAGAGGAGCAAGUCCUUAUUCAAUCAAAAAUAAAAUACAAUCAUUGGAUUGGAUUAAGUAGAGUUCAAGAAAGCGGGUAUCACUGGAAAUGGCUGGAUGGCUCACCCGUAUCUCAGCAGCUGAGUUUCCGACAGAGUUUUUCUCAUGUGAAAUGUGGACACAUGAGACCAUCAACAAUUUAUACUGCUGACUGUAGUAAACUCUUCCGUUACAUUUGUGAAAAGGAGUUCUCUGGCCCUGAUUAUUAAAGAAGCGCUGUGAUCAAAUAUUCACUAUUUUCAUUCUUUAACAGCUGUAAGGAAAAACACAGGGUAUUCACUCAAAUUAGUCAACUACGCAUGGCGUAUGAAGGAUUAUGAUCUUUCACACAUCCCUCAGCAUGGAUAAAAGAGUAAGUUUUAGAAAUAGUAAAAUCAACUAUCCAGAAAUGAAGCUUAUUUUUUUUUUUGAAAUUUCAAGAACCAUUCCAUCAGAGAAUGUGAAAAAAGUUUGAGUGUAAGACUUUACAUUUAAAAUAUAACUAAAAGAUCUUGAUUUAAAUAGGUAGUGAAUACAUUUGCAAUGUUCACAGUAUAAGAGGUCCUAAACGAUGAACACAUCCUCUCAACCCAUCUUGUACUCUAUUCACCUAGUUGCCACCUCAGAGGCACACAUGUAACUGGUUUAUAUAGUAUUCCAGAGGUAAUCUAGUAAAAUACAAGUAUAGACAGGCCGUCUGCUAAACAAAAUGUUAUGUGCCACAAACGACAGUAACGAUCCCUUAUGUUUCUGUUGAAAAUGUACCACGCGUGUGUUCCAUAUCAGUACAUAGGUAGCUGCAUUACUUUGUUUAAAUUUCUGCAAAUGUCACACUGAUAAAUGUUUUAUUUCCAAUGGAUGUUUCGGUUUUUUCCAGGAUUUUAGAAUUGUGUGACUGAAAGCACUUAGUACUGUAUUACUUGCCAUAGAGCGUAUAUAUAGGGUAAAUGUCUAGCAGUGUCAUUUCUGUGUCAAAAUGUGUUCACAUGAAAUUUGCAUAGAUGUUGAAUUUACAAUAGAUGCUCUACAUCUCUAUCUGCAGUCAGCAGCAUUCAAGAAUUCCUGCUUCCUCCCUUGGUUACCACUGCAACGUGUUAUCAGUCUGUUUGAA